GUCGUCUAGGUCAUAGCGAGACUUGCUCAGCAUUACUCUAUCACUGCCCCUUGUCGGCUGUGUGGGGAAUCACGGGAUCAGAGUCUCCCAACCCGAACUGCUGAUCACGGACUGGAAAGUACCGACCGAACAAGCCUUGAGCAAACAGAUCCUCUUUAACUCAAAUUCCGAAGGUUCAAAUACCCACACAAGCCACCUGAAUCAUGGCCACAGAAAUCACCGUCGACAGCCCUCUCACCGAUGCUCUCCGCGACCUGAUCUCCGCAAACCACAUUUUGGACCACCAUGGCGUGGUCGACGCGUAUGGACACAUCUCGAUCCGCCACCCACUUGAACCCUCUCAGUACAUCAUGUGUGGCUACAUGGCACCGGCACUGGUCGCUUCGCCGACGGACUUGAUCUACUACCACGUCGCGGACUCCAGCACCGUCGAGCAGAACGCGAAGAAGGGAUACUCGGAGCGCUUCAUCCACGGCGAGAUCUACAAGCGGUACCCCGGGGUCAACUGCGUGAUCCACUCGCACGCCGAGGAAGUCCUGCCCUACGUUGUGAGCACGGGUGUCAAGCUCAAGGCCGUCUACCACAUGGCCGGGUUCCUGGGCUCCAAGGGCGUCAAGGUGUUCGACAUCGACCCGCUCUACCGGGACGGCGAGCAGCGGGACAUGCUGGUCAACAAUUCGCGCUUCGGGGCCGCCUUGGCAGAGAAGUUCGUGUCCGACUCCAGCAUGCCGAGUCCCGAGGAGACAGUGGUCCUGAUGCGCCGACACGGCUUCACCUGCGUGGGUCGCGACAUUGUCACCGCCGUCUACAGGGCUAUCUACACGCGUAUCAACGCCGAAGCCCAGACCAAAGCCAUGUCCAUCGCGAACGAUGUACCGGGACGUACGGCACUGCACAACGAGGGGACAGGGCUCGGCUUCCAAGCGCUUACGGAUGGCCAGAGCGAGGGCUGCGCGAUCAUGAAUGAGGCUUUUCAGGAUAAGCCGUGGAGGCUGUGGGUCAGGGUGGUCGAGAGUCAGCCCUUGUAUCGGAAUGAGCUGAGCAAGACGGCGUCUGCCCCAAUGAGGCUGGGUUAGAGUGUGAGAGGAAACGGAAAAUAAAACCGGGCAAGAAGAUAAUUGCGGCGAAGGAGCUUUCGUGGUAAUCUCUGUUCAACAGGUCAUGAAAACAGUCAGUCAUACGUCAAGGUAUCGGAGUGGAGCGAGGAAAGUGACAUCC